GAGGAAUUGAUACGUAAUUGUAAGGCCAAAUUUCCAUUAUAAUAGCUUGACUCCACAAAUAUUUACACCCAUAUGCAUUCAUAGAUAGAAUAAUAUAUAAAUAUAAUGGCGGAAUUUACAUCCACCACCACUAACACUAACAGUAACAGCGGUCUCAGGUUGAAAGCCAAAGUAGCCAUAGUCACCGGAGGUGCAAGUGGCAUCGGCGAAGCGACGGCGCGUGUGUUCGCGGAGCAAGGCGCGCGUAUGGUGGUGCUCGCAGACAUCCAAGACGAGCUUGGGAAUCAGGUGGCUGCGUCCAUUGGAACCCAGCGGUGCACCUACAUCCACUGCGACGUGGCAGACGAAGAACAAGUUCAAAACCUCGUCCAAUCAACGGUCGACGCUUACGGACAAGUGGACAUAAUGUUCAGCAACGCUGGGAUCCUUAGUCCCUCCCAACAGACGGUGCCCGAACUGGACAUGUCCCAACUAGACAGGCUGUUCGCGGUCAACGUACGGGGAAUGGCGGCGUGCGUGAAACACGCGGCGCGUGCGAUGUUGGAGGGGCGCGUGAGGGGAAGCAUAGUGUGCACGGCGAGCGUGGGUGGGAGCCACGGUGGGCCAAAUGCGACGGACUACAUAAUGUCGAAGCACGCGGUGUUGGGGUUGAUGCGUUCGGCGAGCGUGCAGCUUGCGGAACACGGGAUAAGAGUGAACUGCGUCUCACCCAAUGGGUUGGCAACGCCGUUGACUUGUAAACAGCGAGGGAUGAGCGAGGAGGAGGGGCAAGAGGUUUACCGGAAAUACGCGAGAUUGCAAGGAGUGGUGCUCACGCCCAAACACGUGGCAGACGCCGUGUUGUUUCUCGUCUCUGAUGACUCCGCCUUUGUCACUGCCCUUGAUCUUAGGGUCGACGGUGGCUUUACUUUGCCUAGUAUAUCAAUUUCAAAUUCUAUACUAUUGUAAGACAUUGAAGCUCUUGCCAAUUUAUGAGCAACAACAUUGGCUUAUAUAUUGAGUUUUAGCAAUAAUGUGACAUGAGCCUACAAUUUCAAAUCUGAGUUGGUUGUAACACCUCUUUCACUUCUGGCUUGCAAUUAAUUAACUUCAUUGAUCAUGUUAUGGUAACCAAGCUCUUCAUUCCAUUUAAGUCCCUGGAGAAGACCCCAUGCCUCAGUUUCUUUUUAAUUUGGAUUUGGAGUGCCUGUCUACCAUUGCCAUUGAGGCUUAGCUUGAAUGAAUCUUCCAGACUCCCUA